AUGAUGGAGAACCAAACUUUAAGUCCAGAUAUUCUAUUCCUGGAGGGGUUAAAGGUCAGCCCCCAGUCCUCCAUUCCCGCCUUCGUCCUCCUCCUCCUCAUCUACGUCUACAUCAUGGUGUCCAACGUCGGCCUGGUGUUGUUGAUCUUGACGGAGAGCAGCCUCCACCAGCCCAUGUACCUGCUGUUCUGCAACAUGAGUAUAAACGAUGCGUUCGGGGCGACGGUCAUGGUGCCUGGCUUGUUAGCUGAUGUUUUUACUCCGAUCUCAGAGCGCUACAUCCACUAUUAUGAAUGUGUCUUUCAGGCCUUCUGCAGUCACUUUUUUGCUGGCGUCUCCCACACGGUGCUCAUGAUCAUGGCCUUCGACCGCUAUGUGGCCAUCUGCAGCCCCCUGAGGUACGCCACCAUCAUGACCGGCCGGAUGGUGGUGGCGCUGUCGGUGGCGGCCUGGAUGGUGAUUUUCUUCUUGGUGCUGGUCCUGGUGGGCCUGAGCGUCCGGCUGUCGCGCUGCAGGCGGGUCGUUCUCAACCCGUACUGCGACAACCCCUCCCUGUUCAAGCUGUCCUGUGAGAGCCUCCUCGCCAACCACAUCUACGGCCUCGGCUACACGGUGGUGCUGCUGGGCUCCUCCCUCGGCGGCAUGGCGCUUACCUACCUGAAGAUCGCCGUCGUGUGUCUGAGCAGCAAAAACAAGUCCGUGAACAUCAAAGCGCUGCAGACCUGCGCCUCCCACCUCGCCGCCUACUUCAUCCUGAUCUUGUCCGGCUUCAUUAUCGUUAUCCUUCAUCGGUUCCCUCACUUGUCUGACCACAGGAAGUUGGCGUCCAUCUUCAUCCAUGUGGUUCCUCCUUCCAUGAACUCUGUUAUCUACGGACUGCAGAUUAAAGCAGUCAGGGAAAAGAUUAUGAUCAUAUUUAAGAAGAAUAAACCAACAGUGUCAAUUAUAAAAUGA